GCUCUGUCAUUUGUUGGGAAAACAGAAUGCCACUUCUGCGAACUGCAAUGUAUGCCAAAGGUAUUGAAAUACUGUGCACCUACUGCGGACUGCAGUGAUACUUGGCAAGCAACAAUGAACCAUAUUGCCCUUGAAGGUGGAUGCUUUGUUCUAUCAGCUAUCCAAUUCUGCCUGAGGAAAGACUAUCCACCCCCUCCUGAAUAUACACUCAGUGGCACGGAUGAUGAUCUCUCACCCGACUCCGUUGCAUGUCGUGGUGGCAGUGUCAUUAUUUCACCGCUGGGAACUGUUCUUGCAGGACCAAACUAUGAAGGAGAGGGUCUCAUCUCAGCUGAUCUAGAUCUUGGAGAAAUAGCCCGAGCAAAGUUUGAUUUUGAUGUGGUGGGACAUUACUCCAGGCCUGAUCUGCUAAGCCUUGUUGUGAAAGAUGAUCCAUUAAGUUCAGUGACAUUCAAGUCUGGAAAAAACGAAAACUGAAGCAAGAACCUGGUUGGAUCAACAAAGCUCAAUUCUGAACCUGUAAUGGGAAGUCAGCAGUACUAAUAAUCAAGAAAUUUGUGGAAUUUGAUCAAAAUUCUGCUUCUACUAAAAAUAAAUAAACGUGCUGUCUUCUACCCUGUACUAAAAACUCUGCAAUUUGCGUUCUCCAGUUGUUAAUUAAUUAGCAAUACUUUU